AGUCAAGGUGUAUCAAGGUGUUCUAGAGUUCUAGUUCACUACAGUUUUAGAAAAGUAGAACGAUCUACCUGGUGUGCGCGUCGUUCAAGUUCGUUUCCGCGCAGCGUAGACGUUUGCCCGCUAGUCGUGCGCACGCCUGGGAGUAGUGUCUCGGACUCUCCAUCCCUUCGACUUCGUUACACGCCAGCGAAAUGGGGGAUCGCUACAACAUCCACAGUCAGCUGGAACACUUGCAGUCCAAGUACAUCGGCACGGGACACGCGGACACGGCCCGCUACGAGUGGCUCGUGAACCAGCACCGAGACAGCUACGCCUCGUACCUGGGCCACUUCGACAUGCUCAACUACUUCGCGGUGGUCGAAAACGAGACCAAGGCGCGGGUGCGAUUCAACAUCAUGGAGAAGAUGCUGCAGCCGUGCGGACCGCCCCCCGAAAAGGCCGAGGACUGAAGCUCGUUUUUCGCUGCCCUAUCUGUAAAUAUUCCAUCCUGCACACGCUGUUCGCCGCAUUGUUGAAAUAAACGACCUGUCUUUCUCA